UGACGCGCUUGCGCACUCAGGUGCGUUGGUUGGGGGCGCGCCGGCAGGACAAAUAUGGCGGCGGCAAUACGCGUGGCGGCGGCUGGAGCAAGGCUCAGCUAUGGGGUGACCGGUCUCCGUGUCGCGGUCCGCAGCCUGUGCAGCCAGCCCGUCUCCAUAAACGAGCGUAUAGAGGAAAAGCGCCGCGCCGCGCUGAUGGGAGGGGGCCAGCGUCGUAUUGAAGCGCAGCACAAGCGAGGAAAGCUAACAGCCAGAGAACGGAUCAGUCUCUUGCUGGACCCUGACAGUUUUGUUGAGAGCGACAUGUUUGUGGAACACAGAUGUGCAGAUUUUGGAAUGGCUGCUGAUAAGAAUAAGUUUCCUGGAGACAGUGUGGUCACUGGACGGGGCCGAAUAAAUGGAAGAUUGGUUUACGUCUUCAGUCAGGAUUUUACAGUUUUUGGAGGUAGUUUGUCAGGAGCACAUGCCCAAAAGAUCUGCAAAAUCAUGGACCAGGCCAUGACAGUGGGAGCUCCAGUGAUUGGGCUGAAUGACUCUGGGGGAGCACGGAUCCAAGAGGGAGUAGAGUCUUUGGCUGGCUAUGCAGACAUCUUUCUGAGGAAUGUCAUGGCAUCCGGAGUUAUCCCUCAGAUUUCUCUGAUCAUGGGCCCAUGUGCUGGUGGGGCUGUCUACUCCCCAGCCCUGACAGACUUCACGUUCAUGGUAAAGGAUACUUCCUACCUGUUCAUCACCGGCCCUGAUGUUGUGAAGUCUGUCACCAAUGAGGACGUUACCCAGGAGGAGCUUGGUGGUGCCAGGACCCAUACCACCAUGUCAGGUGUUGCUCACAAAGCUUUUGAAAAUGAUGUGGAUGCCUUGUUUAAUCUCCGGGAGUUCUUCAACUACCUGCCCCUCAGCAGCCAGGACCCGGCUCCCAUCCGCGAGUGUCAUGAUCCCAGUGACCGUCUGAUUCCUGAGCUUGACUCAAUUGUCCCUUUGGAAUCUACGAAAGCCUACGACAUGGUGGACAUCAUACACUCUGUUGUUGAUGAGCGAGAAUUUUUUGAGAUCAUGCCCAAUUACGCCAAGAACAUCAUUGUUGGUUUUGCAAGGAUGAACGGGAGGACUGUUGGAAUUGUUGGCAACCAACCUAAGGUGGCUUCAGGAUGCUUGGAUAUUAAUUCAUCUGUGAAAGGGGCUCGUUUUGUCCGAUUCUGUGAUGCGUUCAACAUUCCACUCAUCACUUUUGUUGAUGUCCCUGGCUUUCUGCCUGGCACAGCACAGGAAUAUGGGGGCAUCAUCCGGCAUGGCGCCAAGCUUCUCUACGCAUUUGCUGAGGCAACUGUUCCCAAAGUUACAGUCAUCACCAGGAAGGCCUAUGGUGGCGCCUAUGAUGUCAUGAGCUCCAAGCACCUGUGUGGUGACACCAACUAUGCCUGGCCCACAGCAGAGAUUGCAGUCAUGGGAGCAAAGGGUGCUAUGGAGAUCAUUUUCAAAGGGCAUGCGAAUGUGACAGACGCUCAAGCGGAGUACAUCAACAAGUUUGCCAACCCUUUUCCUGCAGCAGUGAGAGGGUUUGUGGAUGACAUCAUCCAGCCUUCCUCUACACGUGCCCGAAUCUGCUGUGACCUGGAUGUUUUAGCCAGCAAGAAGGUACAGCGUCCUUGGAGGAAGCAUGCAAAUAUUCCAUUGUAAACGAAUCAAAGGAAAAAAUAAACCAAGAAAUUACUGCCUGGCCAUUCAAACUCAUCCCUUCCUUUUUUGCAAUCAUGAAACCAUAGAAUCUAAAUAACAGUAAUUACUGGGAAUGGCUAAGUUUAUUAAAUUCUAGAAAGAUUUCAUUUAUGCCUUACUGUAAAAUUAUUUGCUUUAUUAAAAAUUGGUAUAAUUUUGAGCAUAAAUUUCUUUUUUUAUGGUAGAAAUCUGAAAAAUCAAGAAAACAAUCUAUAUAGUAUUGUCACUGAGCGCUGUCCCUUAUUUGAUACUCUGUGUAUUGUCAUCCCCGCCCCUCCCAAGAAUUAAUUUUUUUCUCUCCACAGGUGAGAUGAUAAGCUUUGAGGGUAAAGUACUUAUCUGCUUAGGCUUCAGUUUCCUUACUUUUAAAUAAUAUGCCCUAUCUUUUAAUUCUUCCAGGACUUGCUGAGAGUUAAAUGAGAUGUUUGUAUGUGUAUGUAACAGAAUAGUUUCUAAGUAAGGAAAAUACCCUAUGUUAUUUCCAGAAAUGUGUUCUCACACUAAAAAAUGUUAUUUUGGAAAUUUUCAAACCUAUAGAAAUGUUGCAGGGGUUGUAUUAUGUACCCUUCACUUAGAUUCUCUAGUUCUUAACAUUUUCUACAUUUGCUUCCUCUCUUCCAUAAAUUUAUAAUCAUUAUUUUUAUUGACCCAUUUGAGAGUAAGUUGCAGAAUCCUGACCCUUUGUUCCCCCAAAAUGUCAAUGUUUAUUUUCUAGGAAACAAGGCCUAUUACUUUACAGUCUUUCAUGACUGACAUUUUUGAAGUGUUUGCCAGUUAUUUUGUUGAAUGUCCCUCAAUUUGGGUUUGUCUGAUUGUUUUGGAUGUUUAGAUCCAGGUAAGAGCAAUACAUGUGUUCUUUCUGUGUAUCACGUUAGGAAACAUGUGAUGUUAGUUUUUUCCACUGAUGAAAUUGACUCAGAUCACUUGGUUAAGGUGGUGGUUGCAAAGGUUACCAUUUUCUCUUUGUAAUUAAUAACUAAUCUAGGAGCUUUCUUUAAGCCUGUCAACAAACUUUUAUCCAAUACUUAAGUAUUCAUUGAUCCCUGCCUCAAUCAGCUAUUCUAUAUUGAUUGUAGAAUAUUACAUUUCUAACUCUAUCAUUACGUCUACAUUAGUUGGUACUCUACUGGAAGGAAGGGCUUUCUCUUCUGUUUUGUUAUCAGUUUAGACUCAUUGAUUUUUAAAAACAUUUUUCCUGAAAUAGUUUUUCUUACUAUGCUAUCACCCUGUCAAAUUUUCAAGCACAUGUUAGUUAUCUCUCUCUGCCCUGUUCCUACCCUACCCCAAGAGUUAGUUUCUUGAGAUUGGGAGUCAUAUAUUGUUCAUAAUUAAAAUCUGUGCUUCGUGUUUCAUAAAUGUUUUAGUGAAUAAAUAUGUUUAUUAAUAAAAUUUAGGCUCCUGAA